UGGGGUUGUUCUCUGCCGGCAUGAGAAGUGUUUCCCACCCGUCCAUGCUUUUUUGUUGUUUUUUACCCCCUUUUCUUACAAAAGCCAUCGUUAGCGUUUUUUUUUUCUGUGCAGAUGGAACUAUUAAAGUCGGUAAAAAAGCACAGAGAAUAGUUCCUAACGCACGUAGCCUGGGACGAACUGGUCCUUUGCAAUUCAUCGGGCUCAGAGUUACGGAAAAAAGAAGAUGGGGGGGUGCCUCCCCCAAAAAGAGAGGGGGAGAUGGUGGGGUGCGUCAUGCACUUUGUCCUCCUGAGCGCUGUCUUCUCCUUGCCUAUGGAGACCGUCGUCUGCAGAUUUAUUGGAGCAGCCUCCGGACAAGUGGUACCUCUGUAGGCACAUUCACCGCAUGUUUGCUUGGACAGAAGAAGACAAGCUGGUUCCCUAAGGUGACACCGGAGUCCCUGUAGCCUCUUUGUUCACAGAGAGACCAUGGCCACCUAGUGCCCCCAGGGACCGGAGGGGUCGGCAGGCCAGAGAUGGCGGCGCAGAGGAUUCGGGCAGCCAACUCAGGCGGCCUGCCACGCUGCAAGUCAGAGGGGACGCUCAUCGACCUCGGCGAGGGCUUCACUGAGACCAGCCUCUGCGAUGUCAAAGUGCCUUCUCCUAGUGCCUUGCUGGUUGACAAUCCCACGUCCUUUGGAAAUGCGAAGGAAGUAAUAGCAAUCAAAGACUACUGUCCAACUAAUUUCACCACUUUGAAGUUCUCCAAGGGGGACCACCUUUAUGUCUUAGACACGUCAGGAGGCGAGUGGUGGUACGCUCACAACACCACAGAAAUGGGUUACAUCCCUUCCUCCUACGUCCAGCCUGUAAAUUACCGUAACUCUUCCUUAACGGACAGUGGGAUGAUAGACAAUCUACUUGAGAGCCCCGACGAGGGGGUCAAGGAGUUAGACCUGCUUGGGGAAUGGACUGAUGUGAAAAGAAACUCUAUGAAAACCUACAAUAACAACCCAUUCUUGAACGGAGUCCAGACGAACCCAUUUCUGAAUGGGAAUUUGCAAACAGUGCCCAGCUUGGACAAGGAGUCCAACUCUAGUGUUGCUGUUGACUUGCUGCUCUUUGACACGGGGGCUCCUACUUCAGUGGUUUCCAGUUCGGCCACUAAUAGCAGCCUGGGUAACAUUUUUGAUGAGUUUCCAUCCACAAACAGGCUGGAUCUGGAACAGCCUGUGAAAAGGGACAAUCCCUUCUUCAGAAGUAAACGCUCCUACAGUUUGUCUGAAUUGUCCGUUCUUCAAGCCAAGUCUGACGCUCCAGCAUCCUCGGGUUUCUUCAGCGGUUUGAAAUCUCCCACCCCCGAGCAGUUCCAGAGCCGCGAAGAUUUUAGGACGGCAUGGCUGAACCACAGGAAGCUGGCUCGGUCUUGCCAUGAUUUGGAUUUGCUUGGUCAAAAUCCUGGCUGGGGUCAGACGCAACCAGUGGAGACCAACAUCGUCUGCAAGCUGGAUAGCUCUGGUGGAGCCGUUCAGCUUCCAGACACCAACAUCAGUAUCCAUGUGCCAGAGGGCCAUGUGUCCCCUGGGGAAACGCAGCAGAUCUCCAUGAAAGCGAUGCUGGAUCCACCGCUGGAACUGAACAGUGACAAGUGUAGCACCAUCAGCCCAGUCCUGCAGAUCAAACUCAGCAAUAUGGAGGUGAAAACCUUCAUCAUUCUGGAGAUGAAGGUGUCAGCAGAGGUCAAGAAUGAUAUUAUGAGCAAGAGUUUGGUAGGACUGCAAUGCCUGCGGAGUGACAUGAAAGAGGGGCCGUACACACCGAUGCAGCUGAACUAUUCGUAUGGGGACACAAUCCAGGUGCAGCUGGAGAACCUGGAGCCUUGCAUGUACAUCGCGGCUGUAGCCCAGGGGCAGAACAUCCUCUACCCUUACACCGUUUGGGAUUACAUCAGCAAGAAGAUCACGGUUGGCGUCUACGGCCCAAAACACAUUCACCCUUCCUUUAAAACUGUUGUGGCCAUGUUUGGGCAUGAAUGCGCACCCAAGACUCUCCUGGUGAACGAGGUCACAAGACAGUCCCACAGCCCAGCUCCUGUUGCCCUCCAGCUCUGGGGUAAGCAUCAGUUUGCUCUGUCCCGGCCUCAGGACCUCAAACUCUGCAUGUUCUCCAACAUGACCAAUUACGAGGUGAAAGCUAGUGAGCAAGCCAAAAUUGUGCGGGGCUUCCAGAUGAAGUUGGGCAAGGUCAGUCGCCUUAUCUUCCCCAUUGCGUCCCAUGAUCCCAAUGAGCUCUCAGACUUCACACUAAGGAUACAGGUCAAGGAUGAUAAGGAUGCCAUUUUGACCCAAUUCUGCGUCCAGACACCGCAGCCGCCUCCAAAAAGUGCCAUCAAACCGACAGGGCAGAGGCGGUUCCUCAAGAAGAACGAGGUCGGAAAGAUCAUCCUUUCACCUCUGGCUGCCACCGCCAAGUAUCCAGUUUUUCAGGACCGGCCAGUGUUGAGUUUGAAGUACGGCAAGCUGCUGAAGACAGUGGUGCGGCAAAGCAAGAACCACUAUUUGCUGGAGUACAAGAAAGGGGAUGUCAUAGCCCUCCUCAGUGAGGAGAAGAUCAGGUUGAAAGGGCAGCUGUGGACCAAGGAGUGGUAUAUUGGCUACUACCAGGGAAAAAUAGGCCUUGUGCACACCAAAAAUGUGCUGGUGGUUGGGAAGGUCAAGCCCAGCUAUUUCUCUGGGCCAGAUCUCACCACCAGCCUGUUGCUCGAGCAGAUCCUGAGGCCCUGCAAGUUCCUAACCUACAUCUAUGCCUCUGUGAGGACUCUGCUCAUGGAGAACCUCAGCAGCUGGCGGUCCUUCGCUGAUGCGCUGGGGUACUUGAACUUGCCACUCACGUUUUUCUGCCGAGCGGAGUUGGACAGUGAGCCGGAACGAGUGGCUUCCGUCUUGGAGAAGCUGAAGGAAGACUGCAACAACACCGAGAACAAGGAGAGGAAAUCUUUCCAGAAGGAGUUGAUGACGGCCCUGCUGAAAAUGGACUGCCAAGGGCUGGUUGUCCGGCUCAUCCAGGACUUCGUGCUGCUGACCACAGCCGUGGAGGUGGCCCAGCGCUGGAGGGAGCUUGCCGAGAAGCUCGCCAAGGUCUCCAAGCAGCAGAUGGAUUCUUACGAGGCCCCGCACCGGGACAAGACAGGGGUGGUGGACAGUGAGGCCAUGUGGAAACCAGCAUACGAUUUCCUUCUCACCUGGAGCAGCCAGAUGGGUGACAGCUACCGCGAUGUGAUCCAGGAGCUGCACACCGGGCUGGACAAGAUGAAGAACCCCAUCACCAAACGUUGGAAGCAUCUCACCGGCACCCUGAUCCUCGUCAACUCCUUGGACAUGCUGCGAGCAGCUGCCUUCAGCCCACAAGACCACGAGGAUUUUGCCAUCUAGCUCCUGCGGCGGCAUUUUUGUCCGCAUCUCGUUUGCUGGGGUUUUUUUCUGUGCUUUUUUUUCCCCCCUCUUUUUUUUAAUGCAGUUGACUUCAAAAAGAAGUGGAGGUUGCUCUCCCCAGGUUUUAAGAGGCCAAAGUUUGCAAGUUCUCCACUGGGACUGGAAAUCAGCAGGAGACAUCCCUCCUUGAUGGGAAGGCAUCCAGAGAGGGGUGGCUUUUCGUAUGGCAUUGAUAUCAAUUAACUAUUUCUUAUUAAAAAAAACUUUAAAGGGGGCGAGGGGGUGGGGAGGGAUCACAAAAGAGGUCACGUUUUUUAGGCAUUUACAAAUAAAAGUCUAAUUUUUGUAAUGAGCAGUAAAGGUUGUAACCACUUUGAGGGGUGGGGGGGGGAACUGUGGCUGUUUUUUAUGUUGUAGAAACCGCUUUUAGAUUAUCAUUUUUGAGACAAACGGUGAGUCAUGUAAAUACAUAUUUUAAGAGGAAGCACAAUAAACGCCUUCCCCCCCCACUGCCACAGUCAGGCUUUGGCAGACUCCCAGGCAUGAUAAAGCACCGUAUAUCCUCAGCCCAACAAGCAUCUUCCACCAAAAAGGGGCAUUUUCUUUUUUUCAUUCUCAGGGCCCUGUGAUUUGUUGAUUCUUCUUUGUUGAUUCUUGGGUUUUUUCCCGUUCUCUGGCAAACAUGCGUUUUCUCAUUGGUGGACAGGGCGAUGCUCUUUGCCUGCGUUCAGACGCACGGGCCCCGUUUUUUAAGCAGGAGAAGCAGUCACUGCCCCUUGGGCAUCACCCUGCCCGGAUGCUGUGGGACAUCUCUGGAAGAAGCUGGAGGUUUGGGGUUCGGCGGAGACCUCCUUGGGAGACAGACCAAGAGAAGGGUGAGAGUCUCACCCUGCCAUGGCACCAAACUGCUUGGGCUGCUCCUCUCCAGGUGCUCCUGCUCUGGGGAAGAUGCCAGAAAAGGCGGGGGAAAAUUGUUGCCAUCCGUGUAUCCCUUUACACACAAAAAGAAGGAAAAGAGAAAACAUUUCUCCUAGUUUGAAAUCCGAGCUCUCUGGAGAUGCUCCGGAUGUGCUGUGCGACUUGACACUCGUUGCCAUUGAUUUCAGAGGGGAAAGUCCAGUUUAACUUGUAAAUAGUCUUUCCUAUAAACCUGGUACCAUCCAGCUAAAUAUUUGCAGCGCCAAGUGCCCCUAUUUUUCCCCUGUUUGUUUUAUAGCUGAGUCUUUUGAAUGACCUCCCCUCCUCCUCCUGCUCCCCACCUCCAAAAUAUUUUACAUGGGAGGGAGAUGUUUUUGCACAGAAAGAUUAUUUUAAGUGCAUGGUCUCUUUGUAGUGAAACGCCGCUACCACGGAAAGGUUAGUUGUUACAGCACCAUUUUCUUUUGGGUUAAUCCAAAGAAAAAGAAAAACAAAGAAUGGGAAAGUCCGCCGGUAGGUCGUGCUGGCACGGUGGCCUUGAGAGUGAACCAUCUCCUUCCCUCUUCCCCAAAAUCACGUCCCCAGAAAUGGUCACUCUUGCCGGACCCCACAAGAAGUUAAAUAGCACCUUAAUUUCUCCUCAGGGGCUUGAAGGAGUUUCCUAUGCAACUGCACGUAGCACAGAGAGGGUCCGUCAGCAGCUGAGCCCACCACGUGUCCCCUUUCUCUUUUCCUAAGGCCCCCUGAGAGCACAUUUUUCCACGCUCGGGCAUAAAUCUCCACUGCAACAAGGAAUAACUCCCCCGUGUGCAGGCAGAGGGAUGGCUUUCUCCUGGGUUUUUACCCAAAUCUUGGCUUUCUCUCUUUUCCUGGCAGGGGCCGGAGCUCUGCAGAGCGGCUGCAACGGGGGCCCCAGCGGUUGUCAGCAACAGGCGAGGGCAGGAGUUUGAGCCUCCAAUGUUUCAGGGAUGUCCCUGGAUAAUUUCAGCUUUCCCCUGCCUCCCCCGCUUAGUUUUUCUAACUACCUCAGGUACUCCAUUUACCCAACUUAACAUUUCAGCCUAACACAUGCCAUGCUCAGCCCGUCAAUGGUCUGUGCCCUCCCUGAGACCCGCAGGAGCAUGGCCGGCAUGUUCCGGGGCCCGUGGGGUAACCGCCGCGUUCAUUUAUCCCUGUUCCUGGAAUCUCAUCCCUCCUCACGUCCUGGCACCGGGCGUAUGUCCUUCCGAUGCCUUCCGCCCGCUAAAUGUCAAGCCGUUCUCCGAAAGCUCCAUCCGGGCUUUGGAUUACCACCCUUCAUGCAGUAACUGGUUAUUGUACUUAGCAUUUAAUGUUCCUUUUUUUUUUUUUUUUUUUUUUAAAGAAAAAAAUUUUUGGAAAAAAAAUAAUUACGAUUAAAGCUUGUUACUAUUCCA